CCCUGACAUUUAGUAGUUGUGACCUUUGCCAAAUCUCAAUUCAGAACCUGUUUCCUCACUUGUAAAAUGAGGUUACGCUCCCUUCCAACCCUCAAACUCCCUACCCUGCCCCUAUUCUGGGCUGUCUGGAAGAAAAAGUCCGCAAACCUUUGGAAAUGUUAUCAAUUUUAUUCAGAUCAUGAGUCGAUCUCUCCAGCUUGCAGCGUUCGCCGGUCACCUGUCCUGGAUAGUAUCGAAGGAAUCCGUCUCAGUUAUCUGUGGAAACGUGCCUCCGGCGUCUACCCGUCAGAUGCUCCGCCCGGAGCAGGGGAGAGGAUCGGCGCAGGGCCCCGAACCCGAUGGGGCAAGCCCAAGGCGAGAAACGCGUGCCCGAUGUCUACGCGGAAGAAGCCGAAAUCGCUCCCCAAAAGCAAUAGCCUUCAGCCGCAGGCCACAAGCCGCCGCCCUGGAUUGAUGAACGCAGGCUGCCCCACUGACCCGCCACCGGUGCAGGUUGGUGGCAACUUGGCUCACCGCCGCGAAUGUGUAAAGACUCGUUUCUUCCUCCGAGAAAUCGGGAGGUUGAAGGAAGACAGGCAAGUUGAUGCCUGCUCCGGAUAGGAGACUUCUCUAGGGAUGUUCUAAUGCAUGCCCCGCCCCUUUUCCCACGCCCGAUCAAACUCCUAGCGGCGUGCGCGCGCCCAUGGCCAGCCUCAUUUCUCCUCCCAGCCUCCCGCCGCGCGCUCCCGAGCGAGGGGGGUGUCUUUGGAAACGCGCACGCAGGGCAGCGUGUUGCGUGAGCGCGCGCGACUUCUCUUCCUCCGGCUCGUCACCCCGCCCCCUUCACCCCUACCUCUAUCGCCGCCGCCGCUUCCGCGCCCUCUACCGCCGCCGCCGCCGCCCAGGGUCUCACGGAGGAGCGGUCACCGGCUGUGGAGACUGUGCGGCCCAGGCCCAGCACCGGGUGCGGAGCCAGAGGCACACACUGACUAGCCGAGCCGAGCCGGCCGGCCAGCUGUACCCGGAGCAGAUUAGCAUAAAAUGGCAGACCAGAGACAACGUUCACUUUCUACCUCUGGAGAAUCAUUGUACCAUGUUCUUGGGUUGGACAAGAAUGCAACCUCAGAUGAUAUAAAAAAAUCAUAUAGAAAGCUUGCAUUGAAAUAUCAUCCUGACAAGAAUCCAGAUAACCCAGAAGCUGCAGACAAAUUUAAAGAGAUCAACAACGCACAUGCAAUAUUGACUGAUGCCACAAAAAGAAACAUAUAUGACAAGUAUGGCUCUUUGGGCCUUUACGUAGCUGAGCAGUUUGGGGAGGAGAACGUGAAUACCUAUUUUGUGCUAUCCAGCUGGUGGGCAAAGGCCCUGUUUUUAUUUUGUGGGAUCAUUACUGGCUGCUAUUGUUGCUGCUGUCUGUGCUGCUGCUUUAACUGCUGCUGUGGAAAGUGUAAACCUAAACCUCCUGAAGGUGAUGACCAAGAAUAUUACGUCUCCCCAGAGGACUUGGAGGCACAGUUACAGUCUGAUGAGAGGGAGGCUACAGAUACACCUAUUGUGAUACAACCAGCAUCAGCCACAGAGACCACCCAACUCACAACUGACUCCCAUCCCAGCUACCAUACCGAUGGAUUUAACUAAGUUAAGAAAACACUGUAAUUAGAAUGGAUAAAUCAGUACCUGGCCAAUCAACAUUAGAAUCAUGAACAGUAGAAAUAGAGAUCGGGGAGGGAACAACUCCUGCCACAGGGAAAGGGCAGACACUGACCUGCCAAGAAUAUUUUGUAAUCCCUUCCGCCUUUCUGUCACCUUCAGUGUCGUAUCUUGAUGAUACAUGAAGUGCUGUAGCAUGCAGUAUUUAAAGCAGUUUAGCUACGGUCUUCCUUCUUCUUUUUGUUUUUGUUUUUUUGUUUUUUGGGUUUUUUUUGUUUUUGUUUUUUUUGAAUCGCAUGUAUGGGGUUUAUGUUUUAUGUAUGUCUGUGUUGUAAAUGUAUUGAGGAGUUACUGAAUUAAGUGAAUAAUGGAAGCAGUCUGUAUUCUAAGCAGUGAUACCAGCUUAAGUAGAUUUUUCAUCCUACAAGUUUUAAGUGAGAAUUGCUCUGAAGCCACUUUUGCUUCCAUACAGUUUAGCUGUGAGGACCUUGACAAAUAGCAAGAGGAAUUCAUUGAUCUCAACCAAGAGUACUUGUUCACAUUCCCUACUUGGGUUAAAGCCAAUGGAUGACCUAGGAUAAAAUGGAAGGAUAUUUCCAAAUAGGAAUUUUAUCCUUCUGGAUCAGUUUUUGACCUUCAUAUACCGGCUUACACUUCCCUUUUUUCUUGAGCCCCAGAAAUGAAGCGCUCCUUGCCCAUCAUCAGAAUGCCUGUGUUUUGGUCCCAACUCCCCUCUUUUCCAUAUGACCUUAGGCAAGUCACUAAACCUGUCUGAGCCUUAGUUUGCUUAUCAGUAAAAUUAGGGGGUUCUGUUACAUGAUCUCUGACCCUCUGAGGUCCAUUUCAGAUUCUGUGAUUAUGAAGGAAUCUGGAAAUAUGAAAAUGACUUAAAACAUAUAAUCCCAACGUUUAUGUGGUAUAUACUUUGUACCUGAUUUCUUCAGCUUUGUUUUUCUACAUCAUUGUUUUUUUUUCUUCCUCAGGUAAAUUUAUUGUGGAAAUGAAAAACAUUUCAUUUUUUUAUUGAAACCAAAUCAUGUUGGCAGUGGUUUUCUGUAUCUAAAAUUUACUUUUAAGAUUCUUCUGUUAUCCCAUCAGUUGCUCUACAGUGUAAUCAUCAUCUUGCUUUUCUUUGCAUUUAACAGAUCCUAUGCUAAGGAAGAUGCAGAUUGUUUGGGUUGCAGUGGUUCGUUCUUCCCACACUCUGCAACUAUAGGGGUUGUGAGGGUAAGACAGGGUAAUAGAGUAAAGAGUCAGAAUAGCUGUCAACUUCCAACCAGGUACCCUGGAAUUAGACCCACACUGUAUUCAUUACCUUGCAUUUUUUUUAUCCUAUUGAGUUUUGUUCUGGCUUCUUGUUUGACAUUCCUUCAGUCAUCAUUCCUUUUGGAGACCCUCUUCAGCAGUUAAAGUUACAAAGUCUUUCCAUGGUUGAGAUUCUUAGUGUUGAAGGCACACAGAAUUUUUUCUAUUAAAGCUUGAUCGAUAUACGAUAUCUCUUUCGUAGAUAUUGUAAAAAUUGUAACAUUCUUAAAUAAUCAUCUGGAAAGUUACCCGACUCUCAAUUUUGCCACUGUGUAAAUGAUUUUAGAUUUAUGAAGGGACUAGUUGGUAAUUCUGCCAAGUCAGUCCAAAGUUUUCUUAAAAGCUCUUUGGUCAAGAAUGGCAAUACAUAAAUUAUAGUUAUCUAGGAUUAGUUGUAAUGAUGUCCUUUACUAAGCCUCCAUCCCAUAAGCCUUUAUCUUUUCCUUUAUCCCUCUUGUUUUCAUCCUGUUUUUCUUUCUCCCUUAAAAUAGGCUUAGCCUUGACACAAUCACAGAUGGAAAUCUGUAAAGGUAUCAUGUCAUUGCCCCCAUUUUGAAAUUUUAUAAAGCAAAUCGGUAUCUUUUAGAUUGAGUUCAUAGGUUAAUGAGAAGCCUGUUUAGUGACCUUUGUUGGCUAAAACCAAGACUGAUAGAAUUAAGAAAAGAUUACAUUUGUUUCUACUUUGACCUAAGAAUUGGGUUCCAGCAAACAAAAUCAUAAAUUACUCUUCUCAGUUCCUGUUUCUCAAUUGUUUGGUCCUGAUGCUUCAUUAACAAAGAACUUCAUAUAAUGAAUAAUCAUAUACUUUGUAAUUAUUGGUCUUGAUUAUUAUAUUUUCAAAUGAACUUUGUUUUAUGUAAGGAGUAGAUUUCCCAUCACUUUUUGCUAGACAUUUUAAUUGGUGCCAUUUGCAGGAAGUAUCUAAGGAAUUCUCUAUGGAAAGUAAAUACAAUAGGUUUCCUUAGUUACAUGCCUGGUAUGUACUAGGUUACAAAGCCCAGGGUUACUUUUCUCCCCCAGAGCUUGAUUUAAAAGAACCAUUGUAGUAACUGUCCUUGUUGAAUCUGUGAAACUUUUUUAGAUUUUGGGAGGUAUUUUUUUUUUAUUUUGAUGGUUUCUUGUUUUUUGUUUUUAAACAAUGUAUCUAAUGCUUAAAAUGGAAAAUUUGUUCAACAUUAAUUAGAAUUUGGAAGUAGGGUGAACCUGGUUUUUGGUUUUUGGUUUUUUCUCACCAAGACUUGCCAAAAUCAACUUCUUAGACAACUUGUUUAACCCUUGAGCCUAUUGGUUCUCUUGGCAGAAUUGAGGCAUGAUGUUGAAAUGACUGUCACAACAGCAUUACGGAGAAAAUUCUGAUCUAAACAUUUUUCUCCUUCAUGCUUACCUCCUCUUCCCCUUUUCCCCAUAUGUCUUGGUAAACUUCCUUUCUUCUUUAUUAGGAGAGAGGCCUAAUAAAAAGCUCCAACCUUGCAUUUUUAAAUCAUCAAUAGCUGGUAUGAGACACAAACUUAUUUCUGAGGAUAUAUAAAUCUGGCCAAUAUUGUAUUUAGAACUGGUUUGCAGUGCAUAGUUAUUGGCUGUUAAUAACGCCACUGACACUCCUUGAGGGAAGCAAUUGAAAGUAGCAGAAGAAAUGUAUGGCAUCUAGCUUUGUGAUCAGCACUGAGGUUAUAGAUAUUUCCAUUAACAAUAAAAGAGGGGAUAAUGCUCAAACCUAUGCUCGUCCUAAAUUUACAUUCAUCUUUAUUCAAGCCCUAAAACACUCUUGUAGGGGGUGGAAAGUGCUUUGUGGUUGUUUCAUAUUUCAUGCCCUCUGAAAAUAUAAAGUGUGGUGGAACAACAGAGUGAUCUGUGCUAUUAAAAAUACUAAUUCAACUUAAAAUCCUAGUUGAUAACAAGUGUGUAUGGUCUUAAAUUUGUGUUUUCAAAAAAGAACGCUUUAGAAGUGAUUUUCUUCCAGAGCUGCUAAAAACUAAGUUCAAAAAUUGUUAAUCAACUCUCAUACUAGGAAACUGCCCUGUUUUAAGUGUUCAUGAUGACAGCACUGCAAAGGAAGUGGAUUCUUUGAGCCCACAAAUUGCUAGUAAUGAGGGAGAAAGUACUUUUAUUUAUUUAAAAAUAUUAUUGACAACUUGGAAAAUGUUUUAGAUUGGCUUCUUCCUUCUAUUCUCAAGCCUUUCUGCCUGUUGGUUAAAGCUAAACCAUUGUGUGUAUAAUGAGACAUAUCUGAUAACUUGUGUUUCUCGAUCCAUGUUUGAUAUGAUCUUUAAUGGGUCUUAUAAAAAUGAAUCUCAUAAACUAAUGUUUUUUAAAUGUUACUAUUAUCAUUUUAUUUUUAAGUAUCUUUUUUCCUCCUUCCCAGAAAGCCAACCCUUAAAAUAAAUACACAUAAACUCUCUCACUCUCUCUCUUUCUUAAUAUAAUCCUAAGAAGGCUAGAGAAGACUCAAAAGCCUCUUAUCUGUGUCAAAGUGAGUAGUUUGCCAGGUUUAUAUAUGUUCAGGUUAUGUGAAUAUUGCUUUAAAUGUAGUUUUCCCCAGGGUUGAAGGCAUAUCUGAAGAACUUUCUAGCCAAAUUUUUUUUCCUUGCAAAGGAUUUUAAGGAAAUAAUGGCUUUUAUACUUCAACAUUGUGUGCCAAGAUUCUCCCAGCAUUCCUGAGCUCAGAACCAUCACAGAUAGAUUUAUGUUUUAGGAUAGAGUCAGCAACAUUAAUUGGGGAGAACCCUCUUAAGCAUGUUAAAUACUUGCUUCAAAAUCCUAUAACUUUAAUGGAAAUAAGAGCUAAUUUUGUGUAUGUGUGUGCAUCUCUCCAGCAUCACUUUUGAGUUCUCACUUAUUUUUUUAAAAGUUUCUUUCCUACUCACAGUUUCUUGGGUGCUUCCUGAGACAUGGGCAUAUCUUUGUGAAAUUUUAGAAACAGAGAUGAAGUCAGAUUUGAGAAGAUGCGAAUUUGACUUCUUUAACUCACACAUAUACACUUUACAUAGAUGCAUACAUAUAUAUACAUUUUUGAGAUCAUUUACUCCUGGGAUGUCCCCUAAAGUAAUAGUAUUUAAUUUUUGUUUCUUUGCUAAUUUUUUGUUUUUCUUUUUUUAAAACAGUAUACUUAAAGGUGAAAAUUAAAAAUUUCUUCAAUAGUAAAUAGAAUUUGGGAACAGGGUGAACUUGGCUUUCUCCUCCUCCCUCCUACCCUCCGUUAUUAGAACUUGCCAAAAUCAACUCUUUAGACAACUUGUUUUACUCAUGAGCCUGCUGGGCCUUUUGGCAGAUUUGAGGAACUAGAUCUGAGAUCAUAUAAUAAUCGUUAUAACAGGCAUGAUGUUGUAAUGCCUGUGACAACAGCACCAAGAAGAGAAUUCUGAUCUUGAGUGUAUACCAAGCUGUUUUUUUAAAGGCUAUUUUUCUUACAUAAUAGUGAUGAAGUUGAUGUAGCUUAUAUUAGUCUCAUUCUUCUUACAGUAGAAAUCUCAUUGCUUUUAAGAAAAUCUUGGAGAAAAUUGCUCUUGAAGUAAACAGUUUUUGCACCUAAUAAAAACAAGAUUUUGGAGUUUGGGUUUUUGUUUGUAUUUCAUUUUGAUAAAAUAGGGGAAAAUAUCAAAUUCUCCAUUUGUUCUCCAUUUCUAAAAAACUUGUGAACAUUUUGUUAAUAGCUGAUCACAUUUUCUAUUUCUGCACAGGAAUAUUUUGAACCUAUUUUAUUUUUGUGCUUUGUAAUAUUUAUAAACUGCUUUAGAUGUUUGUGUUCAUUGUGUUCUUUAACUUUUCUUAAGCUUUCUGAAAUCACAUAGAUACAUUUAACAGUACACAUAGGCCCUGUGGGGGGAAGGAAAGGGGCAAGAAUCAGUCAUCUGCUCAGAGAGCAAGAUUGAAGCCUUGGAACUAUAUAAAGGUUGGAUCAUGAUGAUGAUGAUGAUAAAACAUAUUUUCCCUGAAAGACCACUUUUAUCAAUAACCAUAUCUCAUUACAAAGCCCAUCUGCCUAUCUUUUCCUACUUUUCUGAGAUUGAGCUCUUUUUACUUAGAGGCAUUGCUUCUGUGUACUAGGGCUUCCUACAAUUUAGAUUCUGUGUGAGGCUUGAAACUAGGACCUUAAACCUUUCAGAACUUCACUAAAAGUGCUCAGAGAAGCCUCAUGAAAUCCACAUAUCUUUCAGACUUAUGAAAGGAAACUUAAUAUGUCUUAUCAGUGUUGCCUCAAUUUUGAAAGGAUUAAUUAGGCUUGUUAUCAAUUUGAAGCAAAAUGUGGGAAAGACAAAAAGCUUUUUCAAUCUGUCAGUCCCCAAAAGAGUAGGUAUUAUGAACUCAAGAACCUGAGCUGUGUUUAUCUAUAAUCAAUUCAACUCAAUUUUAAAGAAACUUUUCUUUUAGGAAAUGUAAAAUCACUUUAAAAUAAAAGAUCAAUGUCCUACCAACUGUGCAACUUUAGGUUUAUGCUUAAUACUGAGAAGGGAGAUAUUGAUUAGUUUACAUGAUGAAGAAUGGUAAUAUCUAGAUUAAAAAGUGUUUUUCUCCUAUUUUAUUUAUCUGGGUAUGUGUUGUUUUCUGUUCUUGUGUCUUUAUGCUCAGCAUAAAGCUUCCUUUGGUGUUUUACAUCCAGUUUUAAACCCCCUUAGCCUCCCUUGAAACAUUUACUAAACUUAAGAUUUCAUUUAGAUAGAGACAAUUCAAACUUUUCUUUUUUAGGCAAUCAGGGUUAAGUGACUUGCCCAAGGUCACACAGCUAGACAGUGUCUAAGGAUUUGAACUCAGGUCCUCCUGACUCCAGGGCCAGUGCUCUAUCCACUAUAUCACCAGCUGCCCUGACAAUUCAAACUCAACAAGAAUUCUGGAUGGUUAGUGCAGGCAACUCCUAGAAUGAUGGAAUUGAGAGGCUAGACAUAAAAAAAUUAACUUUUAUCCAACUUCUAACAUUCAGAACUGUGAACAUACAAACAGAAAUGUCCUUAAUUGCAGUUCGUAGUCCUGUGGUACUUGGAAAAAAAUGAAUAUCUUUUCAUGUCUUUGAAAAGCAAGGCUCAAAUCACAUGCUGUAAAUGUGAGAUUGUGAUAUUGUGUGUCUUUGUCAUGUAUGUACAUGUGUGUAUAUGUAUAUGUUUAUACAACAGGUAUGUCAAUAUUGUUGCUGAUAAGUAAUAAAGCAACAAUAAAACUUGAUUCUAAAAUGAUUCCUUCAAACUUUUGAUUUGACAUGGAAGCAAAGAUACUGUCUUUAGGUUGUUUCUUUUAGCUUCAAGAAAAAAAGAAAAAUUAGAAUCCUUUGAAACAGCUAUGUCAAUCCUGUUGUGUAAAUAGAAUGCUUGAGUGAGAGAAAUCCAUGAUAAACUGGAGAGCCCAUGCUGUUAGUUUACAUGUAGAUUCCUCAGGCUUUUUCCCAGUAUUAGAAUAGAUAGAUGCAUCUCAGGACAGGAGGUGCUCAGGUCCAUCUUUUUCACUGUAUAGUCCAGCUGCUUAGUCUGCUUGCAGGAAGAAACUACUAUUUGGAAUAUGUUUAGUGUAGGCUUUAAGAACUGGAAAUGAAUUGCAUUGGGCACAGUAGUCAUUAUCACUUAACACUAUUCUUUUAGUCUGGAGCACAGAAUAGCUUCAAAGCCUUGAAGAUUCCUCCUGGUGUGAACAGAUUCAUGCACAAAACACAUUUGAGUUAUAAGUAAAUUGCUUUCUGGGUCCACAAGAUGUGAAGUAUAGGGGAGACUAGAAGGGAAGAAACUGCUUCCCUUUUCCCAAUUAUUCCUCUUCCCAUACCUCAAACAUAAAAACCAGUUUUUCUUGGCACAAUCUAUGAGCCAAUUAACUUGUCAUCUUAAUAAAAGUGCUUGGAAUUUCUUUGUGAUUUAGGUGGGAUGGCCAACAAGUAAUCCUGGUUCUUUCACCUCCCUUUUGUCCAGUGCCCCAGCUUUUGGGAAGAGACCACAUAAGGGAAAUAGAUGUUGCAUCAUCUUUUACAUAUUCAAAACUUCAAUUUUUUAGUUCAAGGCAAUCCCUGAGUCAAAUUAAUAAGUGAUGGGAAACUAUUUUGCUUUUGAAUUGUAUUUCACUUCUAGGUGUGAGGAAGAUAACAUGUUUAAAAACAAAACAACAACCCAAAUAUAACUGCAUCUGGAAAGCAAUUAUAUAUAUAUAUAUAGACAUAUAUUUUGUUAUGUUACUAAAGGACCAUAAUUUGAAUUGUAUGUAAGUAGAUGUGGCUGUCAGAACUUUUUGGAUUGUUACACUUGAUACUACUGAGCUCCUGUACAUACAUAAGGUUAAAGCCGAAGGAAUUAUUUUAUGGUUUAGCAUGGUAAUUUAUGUAUUGUAUGUCUGAAUAUCCGCUAAAAUAAAGAUUGCUAAAUUAUCUAUCUGAAAUUACUGUUGUAAAAUAAAUGUUUUCAAUGCA